CCCCCGUUCUCCCACUUCUUCCCUUUUUCCCGCCUCCUUCCCUCGUUUCCCCCCCCCCCCCGCCCCCACCCCCCUUCAUCCCACGGACAUGGCACGGCCACCCCAGAACGCCGCGCCGCCCCCUCCUCCCCCGAUCCCCGGGGCCGGCGUGAGUCAGGUGUGAAGCCGCCGCCGGCAGGAGGUCGCUCCCCCCUCCCGCCCCCCUCGCAGGGGGCAGCCCUGACGCUGGGGUUUUCCUUUUUUUGGGCUUUUUAAAUUUUUUUUUUUUUUAAAUUUUUUUUUUUUUUUUUUUUUUUUUGGCCCCACCGUCUCCCUCCCUCCCUCCUUCCUUCCCUCCCUCGCUCCCUCCCUCCAGGAAUCCAGCGCUGCACCGAAGCCAGAAGAGAGGGAGCAAAAAAAAAAAACCAAAAAAAAAAAAACCCCAGCCCAGGCCGAGAGCUGCGUCCGAAACCAAACCCGCCCUUCGCGCGUCGCAGAGGAGAUUCUUCUUUUUUUUUUUUCUUUUUUUCCCCCCUUUUCAUUUUUAACCACCAUUAUUUUUAUUAUUACUAUUAUUAUUAUUAUUAUUAUUUUUAUUUUGAAUAGCCCUGCCCCGAGCACGGUGGCGGCGGCGCCGGGGGCAGGGAGGCUGUCCCGGUUAUUUAUUCUCUCCCCGCAGAGCUGUCCCUCCGGCUCACCAUGAUGUUCCGAGACCAGGUCGGCGUGUUGGCCGGGUGGUUCAAGGGCUGGAACGAGUGCGAGCAGACUGUUGCGCUGCUCUCCCUGCUCAAACGCGUCAGCCGGACCCAGGCUCGCUUCCUCCAGCUCUGCCUCGAGCAUUCCCUGGCAGACUGCACCGAGCUCCACAUCCUCGAAGGGGAGGCCAACAACCCCGGAAUCAUCAACCAGUGGCAACAGGAAUCCAAGGAUAAAGUGAUUUCCCUCUUGCUAACCCACCUGCCUUUACUGAAGCCCGGCAACAUCGAGGCGAAGGUCGAGUACAUGAAACUCCUGCCCAAAAUCCUGGCGCACUCGAUCGAGCACAACCAGCACAUCGAGGAGAGCAGGCAGCUGCUGUCCUACGCCCUGAUCCACCCCGCCACCUCCCUGGAGGACAGGAGCGCCCUGGCCAUGUGGCUCAACCACCUGGAGGACCGCACGUCGGGGGGCUUCGGCGGGCAGGGCCGGGGCCGCUCGGACUCGGUGGACUACGGGCAGGCUCACUACUAUCACCAAAGACAGAACUCCGACGACAAACUCAACGGGUGGCAGAACUCUCGGGACUCGGGGAUAAGCGUCAGCGCUUCCAGCUGGCAGGACAAAAACCUGGCGUGCGAGAACGGCCACCUGCCCCUCUACUCCUCCUCCUCCGUCCCCACCACCAUCAACACCAUCGGCACUAGCACAAGCACCAUUCUCUCAGGCCAGACACACCACAGCCCUUUGAAACGCUCUGUGUCCCUUACCCCACCCAUGAAUGUGCCAAACCAGCCUCUAGGACAUGGAUGGAUGUCUCAUGAGGACUUACGGGCUAGAGGACCCCAGUGCAUCCCUUCCGAUCAUGCCCCCCUGUCUCCACAAAGCAGUGUAGCCUCUUCGGGAAGUGGUGGGAGUGAACAUUUAGAAGAUCAGCCUUCCGCUCGUAACACAUUCCAGGAGGAAGGGAGUGGGAUGAAAGAUGUCCCGGCCUGGCUGAAGAGCCUCCGGCUGCACAAAUACGCCGCCCUCUUCUCCCAGAUGACGUACGAGGAGAUGAUGGCCCUCACCGAAUGCCAGCUCGAGGCACAGAAUGUUACCAAAGGCGCAAGACACAAAAUAGUCAUCAGUAUCCAAAAGCUAAAAGAAAGACAAAACCUGCUCAAAUCUCUAGAAAGGGACAUCCUGGAAGGUGGCAACUUGCGUGUCCCGCUGCAGGAACUACACCAAAUGAUCCUCACCCCCAUCAAAGCCUACUCUUCCCAGAACUCGAGCACGGAGGAGCACAGCCGGGACGCGGACUCGCACCACCCCUCCUCCCUGAUCGGCUCCGACGGCCAGGGCUCCGACUGCAAGGACUCUGCCGCGGGCGGGAUGCAGCAGCACCACUUGCCGGGAUGUGAGGGAGAGUCGGGGGGGGCCCCUUUGCCCGAGGGUGACCUGCCUGGACAGUUCACCCGAGUGAUGGGGAAAGUCUGCACACAACUUUUAGUUUCCCGACCCGACGAAGAGAAUAUAAGUUCCUAUUUACAGCUCAUAGACAAAUGUCUAAUCCACGAGGCGUUUACAGAGAUCCAGAAGAAGCGGCUGCUGUCAUGGAAACAGCAGGUGCAGAAACUCUUUCGGUCUUUCCCUCGGAAAUCCCUCCUGGAGCUGUCAGGCUAUCGGCAGCAGAGGAGCCGAGGCUUUGGCCAGUCGAACUCCCUCCCGACAGCCGGAUCCGCGGGGGCAGGGCUGGGCCGGAGGAACCCCCGCCAGUUCCAGAUCCCCUCCCGCAACCUCCCCACGGCCCGGCUGGGGCUGCUGGGCCCCACUGGGCUGCUGGGCACCCCCCAGCGCAGCCCCGCCGCCAGCCCCGCCAUCCUCAAGCAAGGCAGACAGAACCUCUGGUUUGCCAACCCUGGGGGCAGUAACAGCAUGCCCAGCCGGAGCCACAGCUCGGUGCAGAGGACGCGCUCGCUGCCAGUCCACACCUCCCCGCAGACCAUGCUGAUGUUUCAGCAGCCAGAGUUCCAGGUGCCGGUGACUGAACCUGACAUCAACAACAGGCUGGAGUCCCUGUGCCUGAGCAUGACGGAGCACGCACUCAGCGAUGGUGUCGACAGAACCUCCACGAUCUAGAAGGCGUCGCGGCGGGGACGCUGGCCGGGACAACAACUGCUGCGGGUCCAGCGGCGAGGUCGGGGCUUGCAGGGAGCCUCAGCGAUAGCUUGCAUCCUUUCUCCUCUCCUCUCUCCUUCUCUCUCUCUCUCUCUCUCUCUCCUGUUUUAAUUUUGUGAAUGUGUAGAUUGUCCUUGCGAACAUAUCAUUAGACUUGGAAUUUGUGUUGUCAUUUAUUACAUCCAUGCUGGGGGCGGGGUUGGGGGGGGAAAGGUGGUGGAAGCUCAGCGGCGAUGACGGAGCAGCGCGGGGAGGUCGGGGGGGGACACGGAGCAGAGCGCUGGCAACGGAGGGGUCACCAGAGCACCGUGGGCAAACCCUGGUCCUGGAUGAGGAUACCAAGGAGUACGGAACAUCACGCAGGGGGGUGUGGCCCAAAAAGCCCUCUGGGGAGGAUUUGCCUGCCCCGCCGGCGGUCCCGCCUCUUGAGUUCCGCUGCGUUCACGGACUGGCCCAGCGAGCCCAGAUUUGAACAGAAACAGUAAAAUAACCCCAGAAUUUCCUUUCGGUUUAGCCAAGAGACCCACAGUUUGGAGGCAGCAUUGUGCUCAGGGCAGCGGAGGGUCGGCGGGUGCCCAUCCCUGUGUCCCAGCAUGGAUUGGGAUGCUGGAUGGAGUGGGGGCAUCUCGCCCAGAGGAGGGUCCCAGGGGAUGUUGGUGAAGUUGGGGGACACUGGGAGAGUUUCAGUGUCUCUUGCCUUGCCUGUGCAGGUACCAGGAAGCUGCUGUAUCCUGGCUUCACACAUCUGGCCCAGCCUGCCAAAAUCCAGCCGUGACGGGCUCUUCCAGCCCUGGGGUGGCCAACAAGGAAUGAAGGAGCCCCCAGACAAAACCCAAGCCCCAAAGGGCACCAAAAUGCAGCUUCACAGCCCUGUUUUCUUGGCAUUAACCAUGUGCCAGGCAGGAGAUGGGGAUGGCAGUGGCUGGGCUGCUCUUCACCCGCUGCUGCUUUUUAUAACAGGAGCUAAAUUUGGUGUUAAAGAGGUAAAUCUGGCCUGGUGCUGCUCAGACCUGGAGCACUGCUCCCGCUGGUCCCGAUGCUGCUCUACAUCCUCUGAUGGAAUAAUAAUAAAUGUGAAAUUAGUUAAUGAAGGGAGGUGGUGGGUUGCAGCAAUAUUCCCAAUUGGCACUGAUGGGCAGGAUCGUGUGCUGGGAUCGGCGGGAGCCAGGCUGGGGGCUGAGGGGGAGCCGGAGCAUUGGCAGGGCUGGGAGAUGUGUGAAUGCCAGGAGAUGUGUGAAUCCUUUUGCCAUGCAGUGUUUUUUUAAGUUGUUGUUUCCUAAAAAAAAAAAACAAAAACAAAACAAACCCAAGUGCCAAAUGCAAUGUUUUAUGUUUGCUGUUCCUUGGUGUCCUGCUUCCCAGCAGGCAGGAGAUUGAGACGGGGGUGAUGGGGAGGGUGGAGAAGGGAAAACCCGAAAGCCAGGGAGGUUGGGAAGGGAUGUGAGGAGGUGGAGGCAAAGUGGGGGGUUGGUGCUGGGGACCUGGGUCACCCCCAAGCACCCCCAGCUUGUAGGGUGUGAAGGGAACCGCCGUAGCAGGAACCUCCCUCGGGGAGGCUCCAGUGUAUUUACAGAGCUGAAAUUCUAUUUAUUCUUUCGCUGACUGUGGACACGGAGGUUUUCUGAUUGUUCAGAGAGAUUAUUUUGGAUAUAUUACCUAUUAACUUGCUAUGGCUGGGAACCAUGAUAAUGUCUGUUAUUAACAACCACCAAAUAAUUCAAUUGUUUUUUUUUCCUUUUGUUUGAAAAAAAAAAAGCAAAAGAAAAAAGCUUAUUUUCCAUUGACAGUGUAGAGGUUAUUAAUGACUUAGUUGUGUUUGCUGUUUCUUGUUUUGGUUUUUUUUUUUAAGUAAAAACAACAAAGAAAGUGGCUUCAGUUGCGUUCGGGAAGUGCUGCCUGGCUCUGGCUGCCCGUGCUGAGUGCGGGUGGCAGAGCUCCAGGGGAAGAAGCUUAAGAGGAAAAGAAAUAAAAAUUAUUUAUAGAAAGAAAAAAAGCAAAAAAAGAAAAAAAAAAGAAAACUGAAAAAAAAAAAAAGACACAAACCCCAAGAGUUGCAUGAGCGAGGCUGUGAAGUCAAAUAUUCAGUAAUAAAGCGGCAGUGCCUUUCUUUUUUGUAUCCCCCGCUCACCCCGCUGCAACUGUCCCAUCCCACGCCGGAGGUGUCGCCGCCGCGGGGUCCUGGGCGUGGGGCGGGAAUGUCCCCCCCCCAAUCCCGCUGCUCUCCCAGAGCCAGCCCCGGGCCCCCCCCAGCGCCGCCGGGGACCUUUUUCCUGGUGCUGUUCCCCUGAGCCGUCCCCGGCUGCGCGGGGAGCCCGGCCAGCUCAGCACCCAAGUGGCCUUGGGUCCGGCGGAUGCUCCCGCGGGGAAACAACCCCUGUCCCUUCCAGGUGUGUCCCCCUCCCCAGGGACAAGCCCUGAGCUCGGCUGGGCUGGAGCUGGGCUUUUUACCUGUGCUCGCUCAGCUCAUCAAAUCCCUUGGAAGGAGUUGGGAAGGGGGAGGUCAAGCCCGGCCAGCAUCCAGCAGGAAAAUCCAAAACUGUGAUUGCCGCCCGCGAGCGGAGCUGGGGUUGGGUCAGCGCUUAGGGGAAGCGAUUUCUGUUGUCACCUUUCUCCAUGUCGGGGUGUGGCUGCGCCCCAGGUUUGGCUUUUGGAAUGUGCCUGAUGGAAAGUGGGUCCCGCAGACGUCUAUAAUUUGCACACAGCGACGAUAACACUAAAGUUGAUUUUAUACGAGUCAUCAGAGUUUGCAAAGUGAGUUUUAUUUUUUGUAUUCCUUUAUCUUUACUUAAAGGUGAAUGUGUAUUCCUCUGGGAGGAAUAGGAAGAAAAAAAGAAAAAAAAAUACAUAAAAAACAGGAAUGUUAAUAAUGUUAAACAGAAUACUUCCUCCCUUAUUAAUAUAUAUAACCCUGAUGUAUUUAUGCCUAUUGUAAGCUGACUUUAAAAGAGCUUUGACCUCUCUUCUGUUGCAUGCCGUUCCCGGGCAGCCUUUCCUUGUCCAUGCAUGCCUUUCGUCCUGGUUUUUCUGUACAAAGUUAGUGCACACAAAAGAACUAUUUUUGCCUAGUUAAUGUUGCCGAGCAAUGCCUAUUUUUUAAAUUUUCCUUUUUUUUUUUUUUUUUUUAAUCUUUUUUCAGUCAUAUAUGGCAAUAGCAUGUUUGUUACAUGUAAAAGCUUCCCGAUAUAAAGAAAUACUAAUGUUUGGAGAUAUGCCGGUCUUUGCAAGUGUACAGUUUUCCAAUGUUGUUCCCAGUGAAAACACCCUCGUGAUUUCCACUUGCUCCGAUGUAUUUAUUACUCAUUUCCUCCCAUGUAACUCGGAACCAUGGCUAUAUUUCAUAUCCGCGGUAUAUUGAAAGUGAAGGGAGAUGAUUAAUACAAGGUUUUGUAA